AUGAAACUUUUCUAUGGCUUGAUUUGGACUUUAUUCCAUGUUUGCUGGAUGCUGGAGCAUCCUAAAUUAGUGAUUUCACCCCAUGGUGGCUCAGCGACUAUCCGCUGCAAAUACAGAAGAGGUGAUGAAGAAGCUGUCAAGUACUGGUGCAAAGAAGAAAGAUUUAGGUUCUGUUCUCGUAACCACACCAUCCGAACCACAGGAUCGGAGGAAGAGGUGAAGCAGAAUGGAAUGUCCAUCAAAGACAACCGUGUACUUCGUGAAUUCAGUGUGGUCAUGGAGAACCUCACUCACAACGAUGCUGGGGCUUACCUGUGUGGUGUGGAGAGAAAAUAUGACAUCUGGCAGCCGGUGGAACUAAUCGUUACCACAGAUGAUGUUUCCAUACCUACAUCUAGAAAUAAAGAAUAUAAAACAGUAGAGCCAAGUGAAUCUCCAUUAUCUCCUGAAAGUUUCCAACACGACAAUAUCAUUGAACCUAACAGCUCCAAUGCUUGA